AUCGAUUGACAUAUAUUUGACAGUUCAUAAAAUUAUUUUUCCAUUCUAAAAAAAAGCCGGCGGCGGCAAGUCAUUAGUCUGUUGCUCACAGAAUUAAUUAAGAAAUUACUAGUAUAUUGAUUAAAAUUGACUCAGUUAAAAUAACAUAAACAAAUACAAUGGCUUUUUUACCAAAACCAACUUCUGUAUUUGCGGUUGCAAGGCAUUACGCAAAAACUCCGAUGUUCUCUGGAUCUAUAAGAAAUUUAAUGUCAAAACAACUGGUAUACAGUGAAUUUGGCGAUCCUAUAAAUGUUGUGAAGAUAAGAGAAAGUGAAGUUCCUCAUCUAGGCAGUCAGGAUGUGCUUGUUCGCAUGUUGGCAGCACCAAUAAACCCAGCUGAUAUAAAUACUAUUCAAGGUAAAUAUCCAGUCAAAUUGCAAUUGCCAUGUAUUCCUGGAAAUGAAGGUGUUGGGGUAAUAGAAAAAGUUGGAAACCAUGUGAAAACACUUAAGCCGGGAAACAAAGUUAUAGUUACAAAGCCUGUUCAAGGAACUUGGAGGAACAUUGGCACAUUCAGUCAAUCUUCAUUGAUGGUUGUGCCAGAUGAUAUAGGAUUAGUUGAAGCUGCCACUCUUACUGUUAAUCCUUGCACUGCUUAUAGAAUGCUAACAGAUUUCCAGCCAGUACAGAAAAAUGGUCUUGUUGUCAUACAGAAUGGAGCUAACAGUGCUUGUGGCCAAAGCGUCAUACAAAUCUGUAAGGCAUGGGAUGUGAAAAAUAUUAACAUUGUAAGGGAUAGGCCACAAAUUGAUGAAUUAAAGAAUCAUUUAUAUUCCUUAGGAGCUACUUAUGUACUCACAGAAGAAGAAUUGCAAACAACAAAAAUAUUUAAAGACAAACAAAUUGACAAACCCAUGCUUGCCUUAAACUGUGUCGGAGGAAAAAGUUCAUUAGAAAUGUUAAGGCACUUACAACAUUCAGGGAGCAUGGUAACUUAUGGAGGAAUGUCAAGAGAACCAGUGACGAUACCAACAUCUGCAUUUAUUUUCAAAAACUUGUCAUUUUUUGGGUUCUGGAUGACUGCAUGGAAUGAAAUGGCUAGCACCACAGCUAAGGAGGAAAUGAUGUCCCAUUUAAUUAAUUUGAUAUUAGAGAAAAAACUGAAAGCUCCUUUACACAAGUUGGUGAAGUUUGAUAAUUACCAAGAGGCCAUCGGUGAAACUCUUACUGCCAAAGGAUUUAAGGGCUGCAAAUAUAUUUUAGAUUUUAGCUAAAAUUUGUUAUUAAUAUCUGAGUAUAUUACUUUAUGUUGGAAAUAAAUAAAUUUAAUGUUUUUUUUUAUUUUAUUUUAUUGUGCAUGACAUUAAUCUGAAAUAUAAAUCAAUACUGAAAUAAACAACUUUAUUG